GGAAGCGUUAGAGUAAGCAUUGAACUACAGUCACUUACUAACCCAGUACACAGAAAGGAUUUAGUCAUCCGUCUGACUGAUGAUACAGAUCCAUUUUUUCUGUAUAACCUUGUUAUAUCUGAGGAAGAUUUUCAAAGUUUAAAAUUGCAGCAAGGUCUCCUGGUGGACUUCUUAGCUUUUCCACAGAAGUUUAUAGACCUCCUUCAGCAGUGUAUGCAGGAGCACGUGAAAGAGACUCCAAGGUUUCUGCUGCAGCUCAUUUCUUCAGCUGCUCUCUUGGAUAACUCACCGGUAUUUUUAAAUGUAGUAGAGACAAAUCCUUUUAAGCAUCUUAUUCACCUGUCACUGAAGCUCUUACCUGGAAAUGAUGUAGAAAUAAAGAAAUUUCUAGCAGGAUGUUUGAAAUGUAGCAAGGAAGAAAAAUUAUCGCUGACUAGAUCACUAGAUGAUGUUACCAGGCAACUGCACAUUACACAAGAGACGUUAUCAGAAAAACUGCAAGAGUUAGAUAAGCUUCGGAGUGAAUGGGCCUCGCACACGGCAUCACUGACGAGUAAGCACUCUCAGGAGUUAACAGCUGAGAGGGAGAAAGCCUUGCAGACACAAGUUCAGUACCAACAGCAGCAUGAACAACAGAAAAAGGAUCUGGAAGCCCUCCAUCAACGAAAUAUCCACCAGCUACAGAGCAGAUUGUCUGAGUUAGAGGCAGCUAAUAAGGAGCUUACCGAGAGGAAGUAUAAAGGAGACUCCACUGUCAGAGAACUGAAAGCAAAGCUUGCUGGUGUGGAAGAGGAGCUGCAGCGGGCCAAGCAAGAGGUCCUUUCUCUGAGAAGAGAGAAUUGUACUCUGGAUACUGAAUGCCACGAGAAAGAAAAGCAUAUUAACCAGCUACAAACAAAAGUGGCCGUUUUAGAACAGGAGAUCAAAGAUAAAGACCAGCUUGUUCUGAGAACAAAAGAAGCAUUCGAUACCAUCCAAGAGCAAAAGGUAGCCUUAGAAGAGAAUGGUGAGAAAAAUCAGAUACAACUGGGAAAACUUGAAGCUACAAUAAAAUCUUUAUCAGCAGAACUUCUAAAGGCAAAUGAGAUUAUCAAGAAGUUACAAGGAGAUCUUAAAACUCUGAUGGGUAAAUUGAAACUGAAGAAUACAGUUACUAUACAGCAAGAAAAACUACUGGCUGAGAAAGAAGAAAUGCUACAAAAGGAGCGAAAGGAAUCGCAGGAUGCUGGGCAGUCUCUUCGAGCCAAGGAGCAAGAGGUAUGCAGACUACAAGAACAAUUAGAAACUACAGUUCAGAAACUCGAAGAAAGUAAACAACUUUUGAAAAAUAAUGAAAAAUUAAUCACAUGGCUAAACAAAGAGCUAAAUGAAAAUCAGCUGGUAAGGAAGCAAGACACACUGGGAACCUCCGCCACCCCACCCGCACAUUCUACGAGCAACACCAUCAGAAGCGGGCUUUCUCCCAACCUGAAUGUGGUUGAUAGACUAAAUUACCCAAGCUGUGGAAUUGGCUAUCCUGUCUCCUCUGCGUUCGCAUUCCAGAAUGCUUUUCCUCAUGUAGUAGCUGCCAAAACCACCAGCCAUCCAGCUUCUGGACCAAAGGUUCAGUUUAACUUGCAGCUUACAAAACCAAGCACAUCCAUGGAUGGGCCAGGAGCAGCUGUUAACAGGGCUUGUUCAACUGAUAAGGAAAAUGGCGAAAAUUUAGGAUUGGAAUCCAAAUACUUGAAGAAAAGAGAAGACAGCAUUCCUUUACGUGGACUCAGCCAGAAUCUGUUUAGUAAUUCAGACCAUCAGAAAGAUGGCAUGCUGGGAGCACUGCAGACAUCUUCCAAACCCACAAUUCUCCCCUCUUCAUCUUCAUCGUAUUUCCCUGGGCAGUUACCAAGUAGUUAAUCCAAUACCUUUGAUUGCUUACUGACAGUUUAGAAAUUCCAAUGAUUUAA